CUACCUCACUCUACCACGCUCCAACAAUGACUGUGUCUUUGUCCCUGCACAGCUCGCCUGCAGAGCCUGUCGUGUCAGCGUGAGGACUUCUCUGGGGGCUUUAGAAUGAGGAAGGAGGGCAGGUUGAUCCGCUGGAUCUGGUGGAUUUUGCUCGUGACGGCGUUGUUCCUGCUCGGCUUCAUCAUAGGCUGGUUUGCAAAACCCUCACACACCAACAAAGAAGACCACAAAGCUUCAGAUGAGCACUUGAAGGAGUUUCUGGAAGAAAUCCAGGCGGACCGGAUCAGAGAGCAUCUCAGAAAAUUUACCCGUCUGCCCCACCUGGCUGGUACCGAGCAGAACCUAAAGUAUGCUGAGCAGAUCAAAGAGGAGUGGCAGGAGUUUGGGCUGGACUCGGUGGAGAUGGUGCCCUAUGACGUCCUGCUAUCAUACCCCAACAAGUCACAACCAAACCACAUCUCCAUUGUUGAUCAGCUGGGCAAUGAGGUUUUCGUGACGUCCUUGGCUGAGCCAGUUCCACAGGGUUAUGAAGAUGUGACAGAUAUUGUGCCUCCAUACAGUGCUUUCUCUCCUAAAGGACAACCUGAGGGGGAUUUGGUCUACGUGAACUACGGCCGGACUGAAGAUUUCCUCCAGCUGGAAAGAGAGAUGGGCAUUAAUGUGACGGGGAAGAUCGUCAUUGUCAGAUACGGAAAAAUAUUCAGAGGAAAUAAGGUGAAGAACGCCAUGUUGGCCGGAGCGAAGGGGAUCAUCAUGUUCUCAGACCCGGCUGAUUACUGGGCGACCGGAGUUCAGCCCUACCCCGAUGGCUGGAACUUGCCCGGCGGAGGAGCUCAGAGGGGAAAUGUCCUCAAUCUGAACGGAGCAGGAGACCCACUGACGCCAGGAUACCCCGCUAAAGAAUACACAUACAGAUUCAGCUUGGAGGAAGGGGUGGGACUUCCAGACAUCCCUGUUCAUCCAAUUGGCUUCAAUGAUGCAAUUCACCUGCUAAAGAACAUGGGAGGAGAGAUUCCACCCAACAACUGGAAAGGAGCCCUGAAUGUGUCCUACAGGAUUGGACCGGGCUUCACUGAUGAGUUCAAGAGCCAGAAGGUGCGCAUGAACAUUUACAGUAACAACCAGAUAACCAGGAUCUAUAACGUGAUUGGAAAGAUCAGAGGAGCUCUGGAGCCAGACAGAUACGUGAUCCUGGGAGGACACCGCGAUGCUUGGGUGUUUGGAGGAAUCGAUCCGAUGUCUGGAGCAGCAGUGGUUCAUGAAACAGUGAGGAGCGCCGGGCUGCUGCUUGAAAAAGGAUGGAGACCGAGGAGGAGCAUUAUAUUUGCGAGUUGGGACGCAGAGGAGUUUGGUCUGCUGGGAUCUACAGAAUGGGCAGAGGACAACGCCAGGCUGCUGCAGCAGAGAGCUGUGGCUUACAUUAAUGCAGACUCUGCCAUCGAGGGGAUGUACACACUGAGAGUCGACUGCACUCCAUCACUGCACACUGUGGUCUAUGACGUCACCAAGCAGAUAGCCAGUCCAGAGGAAGGAGAGGAAGGAGUUUCUUUGUAUGAGAGCUGGCACAAAAGAGACAACUGGACCAAUGACCGCGACGCUCCGAGGAUCAGUAAACUUGGGUCUGGAAGUGACUUUGAGGCCUAUUUUAUCCGGCUGGGAAUAGCUGCAGGCAGAGCCAGGUACACAAAAGACAAGAAAACUGAGCGCUACAGCAGCUAUCCGGUCUACCACAGCGUGUAUGAAACCUUCGAGAUUGUGGAACAGUUUUACGACCCAUCCUUCCGGAGGCUGCGGGCGGUGGCUCAGGUGAGAGGAGGACUCACCUUCCUAUUGGCUAAUUCCCAGCUGCUCCCGCUUGAUGCCAACGAGUACGCGGAUGCACUGAGGAAGUACGCCCAGAGCAUCGCCCAGCUGGCUGAGCAGAACCCAGAUGAAAUGGCGAUGUACGACGUGUCAUUUGAUUCCCUGUUUUCUGCUGUGCAAAACUUCACCGUUGCAGCCAGAGAUUUCCAUGAACGUCUGAAAAACCUCAACAGAGAUGAUCCCCUGCAGGUGCGGCUCGUGAACGAUCAGCUCAUGUACCUUGAAAGAGCCUUUAUUGACCCUCUUGGUUUACCUGGCAGACCCUUUUACAGGCAUGUAAUUUUUGCUCCCAGCAGCCAUAACAAAUACGCAGGCGAGUCCUUCCCUGGGAUCUACGACGCCUUGUUUGACAUCCAGAACUCACCCAACCCGAAGAAGGCAUGGCAGGAGGUCAAGCGGCAAAUCAGCGUAGCCGCCUUCACCGUCCACGCUGCAGCCAUGACGCUGACCCCACCAGCAUGAAUCCGUCCGGAUGGGAUGAAACAAGAAUCAUGACUUCAAGCACACAUACAGAAAGAACGGUCGUUUUUGCUGUCAUUGCCUUCGAUUUGUUAGACAACAACAUUACACUUCAUGUUUUUUGUAUUUUACUUUACAAUGCACCUCAAUGCAAUUAUACCCUUAUAUGUGAACCCCAAAUAACUAGUAUUGAAGUUUAGGAAAACUGUCCUGAUAUGGAAAAAGAAACUACACCUUUUCUAGUUUUAUUAUAUUUUUAAAUAAAAUAUGUAUUUUUAACUCACUGGUACAAAAUAAAGUACUAAAUGUCAAUUUUCUGGAUACUUGUAAAACCCUUUAAGAAGUUGUCACUGAAUGUUAACAUUCAACCUGUAAAUAUUUCAUCUAGUAACAGCAGCAGCAAGACAAAAUU